AUGGCCACAAACACACACCAAAAACCAUAUCCCCUUAUACAUGUUUUUCUUCUCUUUGUUUUGUUGAUAAUUACGAGAACCCAAGGUAGAUGCUGGUCAGGUUGCAACCUUGCUCUAGCUUCCUAUUAUAUAUGGGAAGGCACCAACCUCACUUACAUUAGCAAGCUCUUUGGGAAGCCCACGUCGGAAAUUUUGAAGUACAACCCAAGUGUUCAAAAUCCAGACGUGAUUCAAAGCCGAACGCGGAUCAACGUGCCCUUUUCGUGUGACUGUUUAAACAGUGAGUUUUUGGGCCACACUUUCUCGUACACAACCCACCAUGGUGACAACUACGGACUCAUUGCCGAUGUUGAUUUCUCCAACCUCACGACGGAGGAUUGGGUGAGUAAGGUGAACCGAUACCAACCUCAUCAGAUACCAGACAACGUCAACAUCAAUGUCACAAUCAAUUGCUCCUGCGGAGACCGGCACGUGUCUAAGGAUUACGGGCUGUUCAUGACGUACCCACUUCGGGUGGGUGAGAACUUGCAGGGGGUGGCGGCGGAAUCCGGUCUGCCGGCGGAGCUUCUGCUAAGGUACAAUCCAACCUCAGAUUUCAGUGCUGGCUAUGGACUCGUGUUUGUGCCGGCCAAAGAUGAACAUGGAAAGUUUCCACCACUUCAGCUGGGAUGCUGACAUGUUAUACAAAUUUAAAUAGGAAUGUCUAGUGGAGCCAUUGCUGGCAUAGUUGUUGGCGGAGCUGUUGGGAUCUUGUUACUUUUGGCACUUACUCUGUAUGUUGGACUAUACAGAAGAAAGAAAGUGGCUGAGAUAUCCCUUCUCCCUGUCACAGGAGCAUCUGAAGAUCAGUAUAGUCAACUCCAGCAUGGUUGUGGAAGCAAUGAUAAGGCAUCAGAAUCUUCUGUUGUUGCUUCUUCUAGGUUAACAGGUAUUACAGUGGACAAGUCUGUGGAGUUUUCUUUUGAGGAGUUAGCCAAAGCUACUAAUGGCUUUAGUGUGUCUAAUAUAAUUGGUAAAGGUGGCUUUGGAUCUGUUUACUACGCUGAUCUUAGAGAUGAGAAAGUUGCAAUUAAGAAAAUGGAUAUGCAAGCAUCAAAUGAAUUCCUUGCUGAACUUAAGGUUCUGACACAUGUCCAUCACUUGAACUUGGUGCGGUUAAUAGGAUAUUGUGUUGAGAGCUCCUUAUUUUUGGUUUAUGAGUAUAUUGAGAACGGCAAUUUAAGUCAACAUUUGCGAAGCUCAGGGAGGGAUCCGUUACCAUGGCCAGCUAGAGUUCAAAUUGCACUGGAUGCAGCAAGAGGACUGGAAUAUAUCCAUGAACAUACAGUUCCUGUCUAUAUUCAUCGAGAUAUUAAAUCAGCAAACAUUUUGAUAGACAAAAACUUCCGUGCAAAGGUUGCUGAUUUCGGUCUAACAAGAUUGACUGAAUAUGGUAAUUCUUCAUUACAAACGCGUCUUGUGGGUACAUUUGGUUAUAUGCCUCCAGAAUAUGCGCAAUAUGGUGAAGUUUCCCCCAAAAUAGAUGUAUAUGCUUUUGGUGUUGUUCUUUAUGAGCUCAUAUCAGGCAAGGAAGCUAUUGUCAAGACAAACGAAGCCGAGAAUGAAUCAAAAGGACUAGUUGCCUUGUUUGAAGAAGUUUUCGGUCUGUCAGACCCAAAAGAAAAUCUUGGCACGCUUGUUGACCCUAAAUUUGGUGAUAACUACCCUCUUGACUCGGUGUUUAAGAUGUCUCAACUUGCCAAAGUUUGUACACAUGAAAACCCUCAACUUAGGCCAAGCAUGAGAUCAAUUGUAGUUGCCUUAAUGACACUUUCAUCUGCAGCUGAGGAUUGGGAUGUUGGCUCCUUUUAUGAAAACCAGGCUCUGGUGCACUUAAUGUCUGGAAGGUAG